ACCGUGCUCAACUUUGCUCUGACUCUGGAAAACCUAGAAGCGCAACUCUACCAGGAGGCGUUGGCAAUUUUUCCGCCGGCAGUCAUGCAGAAAGCUGGAUUGAGUGCCUUUCAACUAACUGACGAGCAAACCCAUGUACAGACGCUUCAAGCUGCUAUCCAGGCUGCUGGUGGGACGCCCUUCGCUGGCUGCCAAUUCAACUUUCGUUCCGUCCUUACCGACCCAAUCACUUUCAUAUCUAGCGCACGAUCCAUUGAAGCCGCUGGUGUGAGUGCCUACAUCGGAGCGGCCUCUCUGAUCACCAAUGCAGGCGUUCUUGGGGCUGCUGCCACCAUUCUUCCCAUUGAGAGUCGACAUUCUACGCUUCUAAACCUCUUCGCUGGAGGUAGCGGGACGCCUCAGGCUUUCGAUAUUCCAUUGGCACCCCCUCAAGUACUAGCGAUCGUUGGUGGUCUCCUUCAAAAUUGU